GGCUUUUUGGUCAUAAAAGAAAGAGGUAGCAACUUGCAAGAAACACAGAGCGGCUGCUGACACAGUAAGUCGUGGUUUUUUCUGUGUGCUUUGGAGUUUUUUCUCGGGAAAAUAUGAACAAGCAAUAGAAAAAGUAAGGAAGGAAAAUAAAAGUGCAAAAGAAAAGCUCAAAUGCUUUAUGGGUUUUGUUCCACACCAAGAAGGUUUCACACAGUGCAUAACUGGUGUAAGCAAGAGGUGUUGAUGUAGAUUGAUGGGCUGCAUUCUGUUUUCACCUUAUAAAUAGAGGUGGUCAAUUUUGAUUAUCUUCAUUGCAGGAACUCAAUCGAAAUCAUUCAUUAAUCAUUAAGUAGUCCACACUGUAAAUCGUUUGGUGGAAGACAAUGAGCAACAGUACCUCCGCUAUUGGUUCAGGAAGUGGAAGUAGCGCGAAGACGUUUGAGUUUGGAAGGACCCAUGUGGUCAGGCCAAAAGGACAACACCAGGCAACCAUAGUUUGGCUGCACGGCCUUGGAGAUAAGGGCUCCAGCUGGUCCCAGCUCCUGGAAACCCUUCCUCUGCCAAAUAUUAAAUGGAUUUGCCCAACUGCUCCAACAAGGCCAGUAUCAAUAUUUGGUGGAUUUCCAUGCACUGCUUGGUUUGAUGUCGCGGAUAUUUCGGAAGAUGCUCCUGAUGACUUAGAGGGGCUGGAUGCUUCAGCAGCACAUGUUGCCAAUCUGUUAUCAACAGAGCCUGCUGAUAUCAAACUUGGUAUUGGUGGCUUCAGCAUGGGUGCUGCCACUGCUCUUUAUUCUGCCACAUGUCGCGUUUUAGGACAAUAUGGAAAUGGAAAUCUCUAUACCAUCAGCCCAAGUGCAAUUGUUGGUCUAAGUGGCUGGCUUCCAUGUUCAAGGUCUUUGAGGAAUCGGAUGGAAGGGUCGCAUGAAGCUGCACGGUCUGCCGCAUCCUUGCCCAUUCUGCUCUGUCACGGUUUAGGUGAUGAUGUGGUUGCAUAUAAGCUUGGAGAGAAAUCAGCACAGACAUUAAGUUCAGCUGGAUUUCGAAAUCUUACAUUUAAACCCUACAAUGGCCUCGGCCACUAUACAAUUCCUGCAGAGAUGGAUGAAGUCUGUAAUUGGCUAACCACAAAGUUGGAGCUAGAGGGCUCAUGAUCAUAAAGGUUAAAAAAGGUUGGUGAGGAAACGUGGAUACCUAAGUAAAUGUACUAGGAUUAGACAAGCACUCAGGAGAGUAGAUGCUUGGUGUGGGGUAUAGGGUAUACUGCAUGGUUGAAUUUAUUACUCGUUUUUGGCAGCCAGUUUUGCUUAAUAAACUGUUCUGUAAUUUUUCUUUCUUCCUUUGAUUUUAUGGGUUACUCGUAGUUGGAUGAUAUUAAGAGAAUGGUGUUACUGUUUGUGGGGAAUUAUGCUUUAGAUGGAUAGUAUUAGUGGAGAGCGGUAAAGGUCAGAUCAUUAUAUCUUGUUCCUCAAAUCCAGGGAAGUUUAUGAACUAUUGAGUAAUUACUAAUAAUUGUAUCUGUGGUGAUAACUGACAUUGGAUAUGUAAUAUGAUGCAUAAUAAAAGCUUGACAGGAUUUAUGUCCGAGUUGCUUUUGUUUA